GUUUUCUGUUCAGUCGGGUUAAGUCAGUAUCAUGUUAGCUAGUUUGCUAUCGCGCCUAUACAUGUGCAAUCAAAAUGUAAACUAUUUAGCUAACUACCUCUACCAAGCUAACCGACUUAUUAGCUAGGCACGACUUAACUUAGAUGCCAUAAAUCCCUUUUUUGCGUGUGUUGUAAUUUAAUCACAAAUGUGAUUGAUAAUCGAUAAAUGUGUGUUUUAUGUGAUAAUGUGAUAUGCACACUACAGUAACGUUAGUUAGCUUGUAUGUUAGGAUGGACUAUGACAAUUAUCAAGUUAAAUAGAGUAAAGGAUCUGUUGUCAUUGCACUGCACGUGGUUAGGUUGUAUGGCGGCAGAAAAGCUGGCAACAUUCUCAAGGUCGGACAUAUGGGACAUAUAAAGAUUAUUCUUGUGUUAUAUCUGACAGGAGUCCCCACAUAGUCAACCCCUCCCCCACACCUAUACUCGCGCGCUUCUCUCGUCUGGAUGAUUAGCUACAUCUAAUGAUUGGAUCUCGUGACACACUGGACGAGCAGGUGCUGCAUCAAUCAACGUGUUCAUCUUCAAGGUUAAUGGUUGAUUUGAUUUUCACUCAUGGAGAGAAGACGACGACGACUUCGUCCAAACCAAGAUGCAGAAUACCAUAUACAAGCGGGGAUUGAUAAACAAUGUCUCCAGCAGCGAUUUAUAAAUAACUAUAAAGGCCGAGGUGUUUUUGCCACUGACUUCAUAUACAAAGGUGACUUUGUUGUUGAGUACCGAGGGAAACUACUGUCACAGAAGCAGGCAGAGCUCCAAACUAUUGAGUACAACGAGUCUGCAAAAGUUUUCCUUUUUGAUUUUAAGUGGAAGAGUAAAACAUGGUGCAUUGAUGCAUCUGAAGAGGACUGCUCUCUUGGGAGACUUGUGAACGACGACCACAGAAGACCGAAUUGCAAAAUGAAAACCAUAGAAGUAAAUGAGCAACCACACUUGUGUCUCUUCGCGAUUCAAGAUAUUACAGCUGGAGAAGAAUUGAGUUACAACUAUGGUGACUCAAACUGGGCAUGGAGAGCACAGCAGGUUAACAAGGAUGUACUACCUAGCGUGAAACCUGAGAUUGAGAGUAUAAAGUCUGCUGGUGCUAUAGUACAUGCUGAUUCAGUAGGGAUUGAACUCACCACUGUCACAACUGCAGACUCACAGCCUGCUGACACAGCCCCCAAAACACACUUCACUGGCACAGACACCCUGUCCAACAUGCCCGUCUCAGAUGAUAAUUUGCAGAGUGAGCGCUCAAAGAUUGAGAGUAUAAAGUCUGCUGCUGCUAUAGUACAUGCUGAUUCAGUAGGGAUUGAACUCACCACUGUCACAACUGCAGACUCACAGCCUGCUGACACAGCCCCCAAAACACACUUCACUGGCACAGACACCCUGUCCAACAUGCCCGUCUCAGAUGAUAAUUUGCAGAGUGAGCGCUCAAAGGCCAGGAUUCACAAAUUAAAAGAACACCACAAUAGGUGUGAAAACCGGUAUGAAUCUACGGCAGAGGAGCGAAACGCUCUUCAAAGGCAGCGAGUCUUACUCCUACUGCAAUUGGCAAACUUGGAUAAAAUGCUGGGCCCAGAAUCGCAUCCAGUCACUCAACCAGCAGAAGAUUCUGUGAUACCCUCACCAACAGACACACAGGUUGCCUUCCAAAACAACAUGGACACAGAUUCCAGCUCUGCAGAAGAUGGGAAUGUGUCCCACUCCAAUCCCAAGCUGGGCCCAGAAUCGCAUCCAGUCACUCAACCAGCAGAAGAUUCUGUGAUACCCUCACCAACAGACACACAGGUUGCCUUCCAAAACAACAUGGACACAGAUUCCAGCUCUGCAGAAGAUGGGAAUGUGUCCCACUCCAAUCCAAGGCAACCCUUUCAAUCUGGCCCAGAAUCGCAUCCAGUCACUCAACCAGCAGAAGAUUCUGUGAUACCCUCACCAACAGACACACAGGUUGCCUUCCAAAACAACAUGGACACAGAUUCCAGCUCUGCAGAAGAUGGGAAUGUGUCCCACUCCAAUCCCAAGCUGGGCCCAGAAUCGCAUCCAGUCACUCAACCAGCAGAAGAUUCUGUGAUACCCUCACCAACAGACACACAGGUUGCCUUCCAAAACAACAUGGACACAGAUUCCAGCUCUGCAGAAGAUGGGAAUGUGUCCCACUCCAAUCCCAAGCUGGGCCCAGAAUCGCAUCCAGUCACUCAACCAGCAGAAGAUUCUGUGAUACCCUCACCAACAGACACACAGGUUGCCUUCCAAAACAACAUGGACACAGAUUCCAGCUCUGCAGAAGAUGGGAAUGUGUCCCACUCCAAUCCCAAGUUUAAAAAACAAAUGCUUGGAUAUGAUUCUGAAGACUCCAUAAGCAGCAUGGAAAUAACAGAAGAUGAAUAUGUGCCAGGGUCAGAUUGUGAAAGUGAGACCAGCUCAGAGGGAGGCAGUAUAUUAAAGAAAAAUGCUGCCACCAUGGCCAGUCGUGCUGUUAAAGAUGGAACAAGAAAAAAAUACAAGGGACCUAGAAACCGGAACUCUGAAUCUGACGCAUCUGGGGAAAGCUCCAUAACUUCACUUACAGUCAUGCACAGUCAAAAGACUGACGAUGGAUCUAGAAGAUACACCAAAAAACAUUACUGUCUUUUUUGUGAGAAGCCACAAUCCAAAAUUGCCAGGCAUCUGGAACUUGUUCACAAAGAUCAAUCUGAAGUUGCUAAGGCCAUUUCAUAUCCAAAGAACUCCAAGGAAAGAAAGCUCCAACUGACUAUUCUAAGGAAACAGGGGGACCGAGCACACAAUGUAGAUGUAAUUAGAAAAGGAAAAGGUGUCAUUGUUCCAUGUAAACAAGCAAGUUCUCCAAAUGUCAAUCCAAAUAAAUUCUUACAUUGUGCAAAUUGCCAAGGACUUUUCAAAAAAAGAUUUCUUUGGAAACAUAUGAAAAGGUGCCCACUUCGUGGUGUUCUUCCAAAACCGGGUAGAACUCGAGCCCAAUCAAUUUGCGCCUUUGCGCAACCUGUGCAGGAAGGAGUUAGCAAGGGACUGUGGAAACUUCUGAGUGAUAUGAAACACGGUGAAGUGGUAGAUGUCAUAAAGAGUGACCGUUGUAUCCUCAAGUAUGGCGAGCAGAAAUACAACAUCAUGGGACACCGGCGUUCUGAUCAUGAACUGAUCCGUCAGAAAAUGCGUGAGUUAGGGAGACUGGUUUUGAAAGGAAGGCAGGUAUCUCCUCUCAAAUCACUUGAGGAAUACAUUGAUCCAGCCAACUUCCAACACACAGUUAAUGCAGUUAAAGCUGUUACAGGCUUUCAGUGUGAGACAAAUAAGAUAGCGGUGCCAACACUAGCCAACAAACUUGGCCAGAGCCUCAUGAAGGUUGCCGACAUUGUAAGUUGUGAUGCAAGGAUCUGUGGUGACGCAACAAAAGUUCAAAAAGCAGAGGACUUCAAACACAUCUAUAAGACACGCUGGAGGGAGAUGAUCUCAUGUCAUGCUCACAAUACCCUGGAAGAAAAAAGGUACAACGCUCCACUGAUCUUGCCAUUUGCAGAUGAUGUCAAGAAACUCCAUAUAUAUUUAAAGGAGAAACAGGAAGAAUACUACAGCACACUUUUUAAUGCACCGAACACCAAGACAUGGGCAAAACUGGCUAAAGUCACUCUUGCACAAAUGAUCAUCUUCAACAGAAAAAGGCAAGGGGAAGCCUGUCUGAUGCCAGUACAAUCAUUCGAGUCUCGAGACAAAUCUACUUUAAAUAGUGAUAUUGCUGACUCUCUCUCAGAAGUUGAACAAGCACUAUGCAAGUACUUUAGUCGCGUAGAAAUCCGUGGAAAGCGCGGAAGGAAAAUAGCUGUACUUUUGGCACCGGAAAUGAUCAAAUCCAUGGAGUUGCUGGUUAAAACACGUGACGUUUGCGGUGUUCUGAAGGAGAACAUCUACAUGUUCGCUAUCCCAGGCUGCGAGACAUCAUUUCGUGGAUCAGACUGCCUGCGCUGCUUUGCCGUGGAGUGUGGUGCUAAAUGUCCAAAAGCCCUUUCGUCCACCAAGUUGCGCAAACACAUCUCAACAAUGUCUAGAGUACUUAACAUGAACGAUACCGAAAUGGACCAACUUGCUGAUUUCUUGGGACACGAUAUUCGUAUACACAGGAAAUAUUAUAGAUUACCAGAGGGAACACUCCAGCUGGCAAAAAUCACCAAAGUCUUGAUGGCUAUGGAGCAGGGAAGGCUUAACGAAUUCAGAGGGAAAGGUCUUGACCAGAUCAGCAUCAAUCCGACAGAGUGCGUUGAGACUGAUGCUGGGACAGAGAAUGAAACAGAACUGUCGGAUCAUUCUCAUGAUGUGACGUCAAGUGAGCCAGGCACUUCAGGAGUGAAUUGCAGCAGGCCAGUAAACACGAAUGAAGGAUCUCCAGAGAGGACACCGGAGGUCAUGAAAGUAACAUCAGUUCCUAGGAAGAGAAAGUGGAGUGAGGUGGAGAUUGCGGCUGUAGAAGAGAAAAUGAUGAAAUUUAUUCACUCUGGAGUUACUCCUGGAAAAGUCGACUGCAUGGCAUGCAUUACAGCAGCCCCCAAAGCCCUUGGUGAACGAGACUGGCAGGCGGUGAAGUAUUAUAUAAAAAACAGAAUCACAGCAUAUGAGAGAAGGACCACUAAAAAGUAAGGUUGAUUUUGGUUGUUGAUUCAGUUUUUGUGUUUUACUUGAAUUAUAUCAUCUGUUUUUUUUGGUCUCAAUACCAUAGUUUUUUUUUUUGGUCAUUAUAACAUUAUAAUGUUAUUAAUGAAUACGUUU